AUGAUGCGUCAUCAUCUUAUUCUUCUUAUUAUUUCAACCAACUGAAAUCACACUCCAACUAACAACAUAACAAACGAACAAACCCCGUGACCGUCACCACCGGUCACGCUCUUACCCUAACUCUCAUGGCAGCAUUCUUUCAAAACGGUGUCGUUUCACCCAAACAAGAAUUCGUCCAAUUCCAACCCGAAUACGAAGAAGAAGAAGUUGAACAAGAACAAUUCGACGAAGUUUUAGUCGAACCAGACGAAAACAACGAAACCGAACAAUCACCUUCCUCCGCCGUCCCCACCGUCAUACUAGCCUUACCAAACGCCACAGCAGCAACCGUCGUAACCGACUCGCCUGAGCCAAAACGAGACCAAAUGGAAGAGAAGAACGAUUCACGUAAACUGUUUCAGCGUCUUUGGACGGACGAAGAUGAGAUCGUAAUUUUGCAAGGGUUUCUUGAUUACAACGCGAAUCGUGGAUCGUCUUAUCAUAAUGAUACUGGUUCGUUUUAUGAUCAGAUUAAGUCCAAGAUUCAACUCGAUUUCAACAAGAGCCAGCUUGUUGAUAAACUCCGAAGGUUGAAGAAAAAGUAUCGGAACGUUGUUCAGAAAUUUGAUUCUGGUAAGGAAUUUGUCUUCAAAACUCCUCAUGAUCAAGCUACGUUUGAAAUUUCACACAAAAUUUGGAAAAACGUCGCUCCAAUUGCUGUUGGCGUUCCUGUAGAAGACGAUGAAGAAAUUAGCCCUAACCCUAAUUCAGCUCAUAUGACAACACCGGUCAAGAAUGAGCUGAUUAUUGAGAAGAAAACCGCAUCACGAAAGCGGUCACGAACAACAACUGAUGAGAAGCGUGAAUUGAAUGAUUCUUUAGGUUUGAAUAAUAAGGAUAAUCAUAAUAAUUCUGCUAAUAACAAUAGUAGCAAUGUUGAUGAUGAAAAUGCUGAUAAAAGUAAUGUUAGUCAUCAUACACAUAACAUACCUGGAUUGAUUGAAGAGACUGUUAAGAGUUGCUUGACUCCGGUGUUGAAGGAGUUAUCGAGUCGUAACACAAUGGGGAGUCCUUUUGGUUUUGGGGGAAGAGGGUUUUCAUUGGAUCCUAUGCCAUUUAGUUUUAUGAAUUUUGGGAAUGGCGAAAAAGUGCUGGAUGACAAGUGGAAGAAGCAACAGAUAUUGGAGCUGGAAGUGUACUCGAAGCGAUUGGAGCUGGUACAGGACGAGAUCAAGGUUGCUUUGGAGGAGUUGCGAUCGUCUUCCGGAGCUGGAGCUAGGGGAGGAAACAACCAUCAAUAGUUGAUAGCAUAUAUCUAGACACAGACUCAGUUAGUGAUUUUUUCUUUUGCAGCUUUGGCUUUGUUUGUUAGUUUGGAAAGAAUACAGCUUUGGCUUUUGAUGAUAAUUGCAUUUGUUUGCAUAGAAACAGUUCAAUAAUAUGUUCAAUUUUUUUGGUUUAGUCUGUUGUAGAAUUUUCUUGUACAUUUACAGAGAGAAUUCAGAAUGCAGUGGAUUGUAUUCUGAUGUGUUGUAAAACAUGCAGUUGUGAUUUGUGAUAGAUGAAACUCAAGGAGUUUACUUCAUAGUUACUUGGCAUUUUAA